GGCGCGCGCGCGAGCCGGGCGUCACUCCGCGCCUGCCAGCGGGCAUUGCUAUGGCAACGCGGCUGCCCCAGCUAUGUCGCUGCAACCCGCCCCUCCGUCGCGGGUGUUCAUGGAACUGGUUCCCUGGGCUAACCUGGGCCGGGAAAACAACCCGAUGCCGGCCUUGGAGGCGCAGCCCGUCGGCAGUCGUCCCCACGCCGGGAAGGCCCACCCCGGAGCCCGCGAGGUCCACGUGAGCGGCGCGGCCGAGGUGUCCGCCAGCCCCGACCGGACGCAGGUGACCGUGCGGGUGAGCAGCACCAAGGAGGCGGCUGCCGAGGCCAAGAAGAGUGUGUCUCGCCGCCUGGACUACAUCACGCAGAGCCUCCAGCAGCAGGGUCUGCAGACAGAAAAUGUAACAGUGACAAAGGAUAUUCGAAGAGUAGAAAAUGCAUAUCACAUGGAAGCCGAGGUCUGCAUUACAUUUACUGAAUUUGGAAAAAUGCAAACUAUUUGUAACUUUCUGGUUGAAAAGCUAGAUAGCUCUGUUGUCAUCAGCCCCCCUGAGUUCUAUCACUCUCCAGGUUCUAUUGAAAACCUUCGACGGCAAGCCUGUCUUGUUGCUGUUGAGAAUGCAUGGCGCAAAGCUCAAGAAGUCUGUGACCUCGUUGGCCAAACUCUGGGUAAACCUUUACUAAUCAAAGAAGAAGAAACCAAAGAAUGGGAAGGCCAAAUUGAUGACCAACAGUUAUCCAGACUCCCAGGUUCAUUAACUGUACAACAAAAAAUCAAAAGUGCAACAAUACAUGCAUCUUCAAAAGUGUUUAUUACUUUUGAGGUAAAAGGGAAAGAGAAGAAAAAAAAGCACCUUUAAAAUUCCAACUAAAACAUACUGUAUUUGUAUUUUCAAAUCUGUUUUUAUACAUUUUAUAGUGCUUAUUUCUGUCCUAAACAUACAUGUUGUGUGGUAUAUUGAUGCUGUAUAAAAUCUGCCACUUUUUGAACAUAAUCCCACAGAAUAUUUAUGCUCACUUUCUAGUUUCCAAAACACUCAGAAAAAUACUGUGAGAAAUAAAUGUAUUAAAAUGCACUUUUGUAUACUGACAAUUUAUACAUUGAAAAUAAAAUUAACCAAGCCA